AUGAACACUCUGGAAAUUUCCACGAGUAUUAGCCGUCCUUUCCAAGCUUUCCAUUCAUUUCCGAGCACGGGGUUGAGAAUAUGGAACGCCCCUUUGAGGUCCAGGCCUAACGGCCGUCGUUGGGUGUUCCAUUUCGAUGAUGAGACAUUUCAAAUAUCUGGCUACCGUAGAAUCUGCUUGCAUAUAGCAGAGAGAAAGUAUAAAACUGAUCCGAUAUACGUCGGCCGCAAUCCAAGGCGGGACCAUUCUGUAUCUUCCGACAUGGCGCCAGAGACACCAAGCGAUGUUAUUCUAGUCUAG